AUGCAAACGUGGGAGCAGACACAGAACGAGCAGCAAACCGGGGACUCGUCCAUGUCGGGGAUGACAACACAACUGCCGAUAUCCAUGCCCGCGCCGGAUCAUGUCCGACAAGGCUCCUUCCACCACACCUUCAAGAGGUUGCCAAACCGUAACAAUGCGAACGGGUUAUCCGAGGAGACCAACAUCUACACCGAAACUCGGAUGUUGCAGGACCAAACUGGACGUCUUCUCUACAUCGGAGACGCGUCCACCCUGUCCAUCCUCCAGCUGAUCCGCAUCGUUGUUGAGAAUACAGCUGGGGCGGAUAUGGGCUCACCCUUCAUCGAUGAUCCUAAGAGGCAUCGCAUACUGGAGAGCAUCAUUGACUUUCCCGACAACGUGCGGCUCCCCAGCCCCUUGCCAGACAAGGAAACUGCCGACGUCCUCAUAACGUCCUACUUCACGAAUACCUGCGGUUUGAUCGAAAUCCUGGACAGGACUGCAUUUCUUAGGUUAGUCGAGGAGUGCUAUAGCGACCCUCCGUCCGCUAGAAAUGACUUCCUCUGCAACCUAUACCUCGUCCUGGCCCUUGGUCUACUAUUGGCUGCGCCCGCUCCAGGGAGUCGCGAGGAAGCUGUCGUGCAGAAACAGCUUACUGCACAGCCAGACAGGGCAGAGCUUUUCUUCCGGAGCGCCAGGUCCAUGUGCGACCCCGGCGCCGGCUUUGAGGAUGCCGAUUUCUGGUCCAUCCAGUCAUUGUCAUUGAUGACCCUCUACAUGCUGAUAGUCUCCAAGAGGAACAGAGCUUAUGCAUACUUGGGAAUGGCCGUCCGCUCUGCAUUCGCCCUCGGCCUGCAUCGGGAGGAGACGAUGCGAGACGUUAUUUUCACGCCGGCCGAGAUGAGGGUGAGGAGAAACUUGUGGAAGACGCUGUUCAUUCUCGACCGCUUCUUGGCCGCUACGUUGGGGAGACCUACUGCCAUUUCAGAGGACGAUUGUUCGUGCAAUAUCUUGCCGCGCAAUGAUACGGCCGAUGCCCACGGUAUAAGCGGACUCGGUUUUGACCACAUCCAUGCGAGCAGUCUGGAUGCCUGUGUCGAGACGUCUCAUGUCAUCGGCGUGACGCUCAAGGUCUUCUCGCGCAGGAAGAUCUCGACCACCAAAGUCCAAGAGAUAAUCAACAUGUCCAGGAACUGGGACCAAGCCUCUCGCGCCCAGCCAUAUAGGCGACAUUCUGGUGGUGGCGCGGCAAAUCCGGCCCACGGAGUAGCCUCCCUUCACGUCAGCCUCCUGUCGUUGCAUUCGCUCAUACUCCUCACCCGGCAGCUGUUCGUUAUGCACAAUUGGAUGCUCGUGGAGGAACGGUCGGGCAUCAAGAAAUCGCCUCAAAUUCGCGAGUCGUCUAUGGCGAGGUUUUCAGAAGCUUGUGUUGUCGCUUCCUACCGGACAAUCGAGCAGGCUCGCUGCGCAUGGGAAGACGGUUACCUCCCACGCAGGAACCCUUUUGUUAUAUACUUUAUCUUCGCAGCAAGCCUGGUGAUUCUCAUGAAUCAGUUCUCGUCGCUGUAUUACACGGACGAAUAUAACGAUACCAUGCAGGAUGCGUUGGGAAUCAUGGCGCAUUGUGCCGAAAUCGAUCCACAGGCGGAACGCGUUCACGAUAUCAUCACGAGGUUCUCAGAAGUGGUCAGCAAUUGGACCAAGGACCAUGCUUAUCCUGCACCGAAGCUAUCGGACGACUUUAGCUGUCUCUACAACCAAGCCCCUCGCCCAGGGCCGGCCUCAGAACACCCACACCCGGGGCUCGCAAUCAGCACGAACAUGCAAAGGCGAAACCCUUCCCAGGCCGUCGAUGGGCCGGAUCCGGGACUGUUGACUCCGCCGUCAAUACCGAAAAUGCCACUACUAGGCAUAUUAUCUACGCAAGCUCCCAGUACGGCACUUGACGCAAGAGCGAAUGGCAUGAGCCCGCCGUUUAUCCCCCACGCCACCCUCGCCGGCGGCCGGUCGAGCGUUUCAGCCCACUCGUCAAUCGCGAGCUCGGAACCGCUUAGCGGAAACAUCGAGUUCGAAUUCGACGGUCUAUGGAACAGCUUUAUCAACCACCUCCCGCCCGUCUCCUCAGUGGCCCCAAACAUCAGCAAUAUUGCCAUGCAGUUCCCACCACCAGUCAUCGGUGCGCCAACAGAACCGUACGGUACGUAUUUACGUUUUAUAAACCCCCAGAGUUUCGUCCAGGGGGGUAUCCGCUUCUCCGUCCGUACAGGUCUUAGCUGA